AUGGCAUCUUCAAGCUCCAAACCUCUUGUGCAGGUAUUUCAUGACGUCAAUGCCCUUCCUUUGGUAAAUGUCAAACCCGGCGCGUCGGUUUGUGAUCUUGGCUCAGCAAAAGUUAGUGAUCAGCCUUAUACUGGCGGGAUAUUUGUGAAAGAUGAAUUAGCAGAAGAUUUGGACAGUGACAGUUUCCCAGUCAACGAGUGGAAAUACAUCAUAGAAGGAGAAUGGCAUAUGGUACAAAAUGGUGAAAAGCUGAUAGCUAAACCCGGAGAUGUGGUAUUCAUACCAAAGGGAGCUGCUUUCCUUUCGCUCAAGAAGCCAUUCAAGGCGUUCUUCGUUACGAAUCGUGGAGGAGUUGAUCACAAGCCAUAUACCAAGGCGAAGCUAUGA